AUGGCCAAUACUUCCGCGAAAAAAAUAGCCUCUCAGAAUGAAGCGGCGUUGAAGAACCUGCUGUAUGGUCAAAUUCUAGCCAACCUUGUACCCUUCCUAGUUCGACUACUAUAUCGCGCGUUGGGUCGUGGGACCUCAAUCAAGAUAUGGAUUUUGAGUGCCAUUGCUACUGGGAUAUCUCAAUUUAUAUAUGGACGCCUCGCUGCGUUGGGGAAGCCACGGCGCGACGCGAAUGGGAUGGUUGUCUCCGCCGGCGCAGACCUCAACCAGCCAGGUGUGACGGAGUGGAUGUUUGAUGUCUUAUAUAUCAGCUGGGCUGCACAGGUCGGUAGUUCUAUAAUGGGGGAGUGGGUAUGGCUCCUAUACCUUGCAAUACCCGUCUUUGUUGUAUACAAGGCAUGGGGCUUCAUUGGUCCAUUAAUCAUGCCGCAGUCCCGACCUGCGGAGGAAGAAGUGCCCAUGGAGCCAUUGAGUAAACGACAAGAAAAGCUCAAGAAACGCAGCGAACGAGGCGAUCCGAGAGUCAAGAUGCAACAACGAAGGGCAUGA